AUGGGUGCUUCGUUUGUUCCCAUCGUGGUUUUCACUGUUCUAUGGGGUGUAGUAGGUAUCGUAUGCCCCAUUUUUGCACCUAAAGGACCUAAUAGAGGAAUCAUCCAAGUGGUGUUAAUGUUAACAGCAGCAACAUGUUGGUUAUUCUGGCUGUGUGCGUACAUGGCGCAGAUGAAUCCUCUCAUCGGGCCCAGACUGGACAAUGAAACCCUUAUCUGGAUUGCUCACACAUGGGGCAAUCCCAUAGCCAACGGCACGAAG